AUGAGGGACACGCUGGCGCUCAGCGCCAACCGGCUGCGCGCCAUUCUCGUGUCCAGCAUCUCGCUGUUGGCGGCCUCUGCCCUGCCCAUCGUCUCGUACAUCUAUGUCUACCGCCAUGCAACGGCCGCGCUGGGGCCCUUUGCAUGGACGCACUGGGCCGUCUGUGGCGUAGCCUGCUCGCUGGGCAUUGUGGCGCACAGCAUGAGCAAUAGAGUGCUGCUGGCGCUGCACGCCGCCCUGUGCUGCAUGCUGGGCGCAGCGUUGGGUGGCUUUGACACCGCCUUCUGGUACCAGCUCACCAAUCGGUGCCAGACACUGCAGGCGGUGUUCCAAGGCUGCCAGCAGUGCACCUGCGCCGCCACCAACACCUGCGCCGCUGCCAACUUCCAGACAGACGCAAACUGCCAGAGCUGCACAGCCUACCCGACGGAGGCGUGCGAUCCAGCCCUGCAGGAGGCGCAGAAGCUUGUGAUCGCAUUCACGGGCCUGUCCGCAGUCGUCUUCCUCGCGCUUCCCACCUUUUACAGCCUGCUGGUGCUGGCCCGCCUGGAGGCCAGCGCCGCCGUGACAGCCGCCAGGCGGCAGAUGGUGAGCUUUGCCGUUGACUCACAGACCACGAUGGUCGAAUCCAACGAGAAGCCCAGCGUGACCCCAGCCAUGCUGGCUGCCUGGGUGUCGUUCCUGCUGGGCACCGCAGACCCAGACAGUGUGGCCAUCGCCGACAGGUGCCGCUCUGUGCUGUCGGCACGUGGCUUUGAGCUUGACAUCAAGCCGACAAGUUCCAAAAGGAAGGAAAAGGGCAAGGGCAAGGGGCGGCCUGGCAAGCGCGCCGGUGGCAGCAAGGAGCUGGUUGCUGACUCGAGCAGCGCAGGCAUGGCACAGGAGGCGGAGGCGUAUGAGGCGGCCGAGUCUGGUGCUGGCGGCAGCAGCUCCAGGCCGGCAAGGAGCGCGCAGGUGGUAGCUGACCGGCGGGUGCAGUUUGUGGUUAAGUGA